UCUGUAGUGGCCCCUUUUGGCCUGGAGUUAACUGCCAAACAACUUCCAACAACUUUUAAUGAGUCAUUUGACUUUGCCCAUAUCGACAUUCGACAUUGAUAAAACAAAAAAAAAACACAGUCUGGAAAAUAUUUCUUCGAAAUGCCGCCCUUUUGCUGCGGUGGUCGGCGUUGCGCCAAGGAUUCGGAGCAGGAAAAACUGAACGAAGGACAAGGUGGCGAUUCAAAAGAUCUCGUUUACACCACCACCGCAGAAUAUGAGCGUCCAUUAUCCCUGAAGUUCUAUGCUCGCCACGACUGGCCAUAUUUCAAUUGCACAGAUACGGAUAUCCGGCAAAUACGGGAGAAGCUUGACCCAGACUCACUGAAGAAUGCCAAAAGAAUGGCUAGCGUCGAUGAGGACGAGGAGGAGAAGUAUGAGUUGAAGCAUAGCACACCUCAACCGAUGACCGUAAACCAGAUCUAUGGCUGGUACUCGGAUCGAGCUCACCGCUACCUUAAAGAAGACAGAGGCACAUUCGUCUUUCCCCACGAAAACGAUCCGAUGAUUGAGCAGAUUCUACGAGACAAAAUACACACUCACUAGAGGAAUGUGUGAUUAAAGCUUUACCAUUUUGACGAGUUUAAAAUUAAAGUCAGCAUAUAUAGUUAAAGAAUA